AUGUAUCACUACGAUGGAAAUGGACAAUCUCCUAAUUAUUGCCAAUAGGAGAAACUAGUCGCCAAGGUAGUCAGGAAAAAUGCCCAACAAUGUCCUGCAAUUAAGAACCACACCUCUGUGCAUUACAAGAAUUAAAUUAUAAUUUUCGGGGGAUAUGAUUCUAAGAAGAAUCACCAUGAUAUUCACAUCUACAGGGAUGGACAAUGGACCAAGUGCAAGGCUAAUGGUAAGAUCCCUGAAAGUAGAAAUGGUCAUUCUGCAACUGUGGUCGACAAUAAAAUGUUUGUGAUCGGAGGCUGGUUAGGAAGUGGAACCUAUGCAAGUGGAGAAGUCUAUGUUCUAGACCUCGAUACUCUGACAUGGACAUUAGUAAAUACAAUCGGAGAAGUAAUCGCAAUUAUUAAGUAGAUUCCUGGUCCAUGUAAUAUGCACAGUGCUGAUCUUAUUGGUUAAUUGAUCUACAUCUUCAGGGGUGGAGACGGCAAGGAUUAUCUCAACGACUUACACAGUUUCGAUGCAAAUACCAAUAUUUGGAAAUUCAUACAAACUCCUGAUAAGGAUAAACCCCCUCCAAGAGCCAAUCAUAGUUCUACAGUUUGGGAAAACAAACUCUUUAUUUUUGGAGGAUGGGACGGCAAGAAAAGAUUAAAUGAUCUCUAUUCUUACGAUACAUCCUCUAAUAAAUGGAGUGAAUUAAAUGCUGCCUACUCACCCAGUGCAAGGGCAGGAAUGUGUAUGACAACUAUAAACAAUAACAUCUAUUUAUUUGGAGGCAGUGGACCAUAAACAACUUGUUUCGGGGAUUUAUAAUGCUAUGAUCCAAUUAAAAAUCAAUGGACAAUUGUAGAAUUGUAAGACGAAGAACACUUUGAUAAAGCCAGAGCUGGUCAUAGCAUGACAGCUAUGGGUAAUCUAAUUUAUAUUUUCGGUGGGUCUUGUGGUACUUAGUACUUUAGAGACUUUUUUAUCAUUGAUACUAUCACUCCUCCCAAUAUUCAUAUCCUGGAUUUCAACAAUAUUUAAGUGAAUAACUAUUUUAAGUAAUUCUACAAUUCUCCUAAAUACAGUGAUCUCAUCUUUUUCGUUGAGGGUCAAUAAUUUUAUGCACAUAAACUAUUAUUAUCUAGAUAUUAAAACUUCUCUAAGCUUUUCGAAUCGGAAUAGCAGAAUGAAGAAUAGAAAAUAUACAUCAAAGAUACUUCUGCUGCAGUAUUUGAAUAAUUACUAUUGUAUAUAUACACAGGAGAACAACCAAGUGAUCAAUUUUCAACCUGUUUACAAUAGGUCAAAUCUUUGUUAUCGACUGCUGAUUACUAUAUGUUAGAAGAUUUGAAAUCCUUAUGUGAGAAGAUUCUUUGCAAUUUCAUUGAUCAAAACUCUGUCUCUCAAUUAAAAUCAUUUGCUGAAUUAUCUAAUGCUACUUAACUAUACAAGUAUUGUGAUUGGUACCAAACUCAUCAUCUGUGA